AUGUCUUGGCUCUUGCUGUUGAUAUUUGGCUUAUGUGGCUUAGUUAUAUUGGCACAAGAGGCUCUUUCAACACCUUUAAACCAGCAGCCACCAGGUUGCAGAGAUACACCUCAGUUUUUAAUGUGUGAAUCUGAAACAAGUUCAAUAAAUAUGAUGCCCACAUCUCUUGCCCUCAUAUCUACAUCAUCCACCCCCACUCCGUCUGUAACACCAGAGGGGGGGACAUCUCAGAAAGGACUCCCUCUGUCCAUACUGGUGGGAGUGCCAGUGGGAGGGACAAUCCUUCUGCUUGUACUCAUUGUUUUGCUAGUUAUUGCCUGCUUGGGGCUCAAGUAUGGUAAAAAUAUGCUGAAAAGAAAAACAGAGAAAGUGUAUCACUAUAAUGCAGACAAUGGCUCAGAGUAUGCAUUUCCAAUGAAAACGAGAGACAAUAGAACAAAUGAAGAUGAAACAGACAAAAUGGAAAGAAUAGAAAAUGAAGAGGCUGAAGGAGCUGAAGAGAAAGGUAAAGGGAGACGCUUGGAAGCAGUCAUAAUAAACGACGAGGAACACGAAACUUCAGACCUACUCACUCCCCUACCAAGCAACUUCAAAUACUUCACGAUUGGCUCACCCUCUCCCUCAACCAUUCAGCCUUAUGCAGCACUGGUCAAUACAUCACCAGAAGAAGCAACGAGAGGAAGGAGUGCAACUGUCAGUGGGCCGAUUGGACAUCAUAUGAACAGAAAACCAAAACUGGAAACACUAGUAAGCAUGCCUGCCUUAGAUGUUGCUGGAGUAAGUGACGCAUUUCCUUAUUUGGAAGCAACAAGCUCUGUGAACAACAUAUCAAGGAAUCCACCACCACUCCCUCCCCCAAGAUUAGAGGAGAUGAGGAAGAUAUCACAGCCUUCACGUUUCCCACGAGUUUCAUCUGCCACAACUCGCAAAACUGCCUCACAGCAACAGUUGAAUACACCAAGAGUAUCUUCGGCGAAAGUACGUAAAAGCUCUCAACCUGCCAAGCCUCAAAAACUGAUGCAGUUAAAGGGAGAAGCAAAAAGAAAAAUAUCACAUCCAGCAAAAUUUCCAGGCAGUAAUGGUUUGCCUCCAUCACCAAAAAUGCAGAACAAAGAGAACUCAAUGUCACUAACUCUGGGACCACUUCCUCUUACUCCUAAUGAGAGAUUGCUCCAGAUUAAGAGAGACAAGUCGUUCAGUACAACAGCUCUAUCAAGCCAGUCUCAAGCUACUAGAACUUCACCAAGAACAGCCCAAGAAGGAAAGAAAAGCUUUGGAAAAACAGGAGGCGAGCCUUCUCCUUACAUGGAGCCGUCUCCAACUACUAAACUGAAAAGGAUUACGCAGAGAAACUUAGAGAAAUCACUUUCUCACGACGUCCUGACAGUGACAGGCGAAUUCUCCCCAACCUUCGACAAGAAGAACCAGGUGGACGGAAUGCCCUCACCUUACUUGGAACCCUCAACCACUUCACCAAAGAAACCUCGUAAGAAAUUUGCCACCAUUGAUACAAAGGAUAGGAAAUUAUCGGCACCACUGGAUAGAAGAGGACUUAAUCUCACGCCACCAGAGGUUGCUAGUAAGAAUAAAGAACCAAAUACCGGACAGGUUUUAUCAGGCCAGCCAGUUCCUUUAGAAGCUCCUCCUCCUGUUUCUACUGGGCCUGUCCCAUCAAGGAAGAUGUUAAUCAGUACAACCAGUACAUUAGUCGAGUUGAUAUCACCUACGGAGACUAUCAGUGAUGGCUCACCUUCAAAGGAUCAAUUAUUCCAUACUGAUGAGCCACUCUGUGUGCCUGAUUCAUCUGCCAGACAGCUGUGGGAGGAUAGUCCAGAAUUUGAAAUAUAUUCUAAAUUGGAGAGGUUUGAAGGUGCUGGACGCAUGUCGGCAGCCAACAAAGAAUUUAAUACUCCUCCCUCGUCUACUUCAGAGCUGUACAAUACUCUCUCAAAUCAAAAAUAUAGAGAAAUUAUUAGAGGUCAAAUUGGCAUUACUGGUGAUUGUCUCGGUACUGGCCACUUUGCUAAUGUCUACAAGGGCACAUGGAAUAUGAAAGGAGGUAAACUCUACGUUGCAGUGAAGACACUCAAGCCUAAUGCACCAUAUGAAGAAGAGGUCAAGUUUCUUCAGGAAGCAUGUAUCACUGGGCAGUUCAUGCAUCCAAACAUAGUCCAACUUCAUGGAGUAGUGACAUUAGGAAAGCCGCUUAUGAUUGUACUAGAGCUGAUGAAUAAUGGAGAUUUAAAAAGCUAUCUCAAAUAUCAGAAAAAGAAUAUUAUUGAUGAGAAUAUUAAUCAAGAGAAACUCAUCAGACAGUUUGUAAUGUUUGCCCGUAGCAUUGCCAGUGGGAUGGACUACCUCUCACAAAAAUCAUUUGUUCAUCGCGACCUGGCAGCCAGGAACAUUUUCCUAACAAAUAACUUCACUUGUAAAAUUGGUGAUUUUGGAAUGGCAAGAGACUUAGCAAAAGAUGACUGCUAUGAAGCAAGAGGCACUACAAUACCACUGAAAUGGACAGCACCAGAGGCUGUUGAUUAUAGAAGAUACACAUCAGCCAGUGAUGUAUGGAGCUAUGGGAUGCUACUGUACGAGAUAUGGAGUGUUGGACACAAACCAUUUUACAACUACAAGAAUCACGAGGUUCUUGAAUUGAUUCGUAAUGGGUUUUGUCAGCCUCCACCUCCUGGUUGUACUAGGGGGAUAUACAGACUCAUGGUUAGAUGCUGGAAUCCAGUGGGACCCGAUAGGCCAUCAUUCAGUGAUAUAGUCGAGUAUCUAGCUCAGCCCGAUGAAGCAUUUUUACCCAAUGAAGGAGAGGACGUAGGAAGACUCGGGAAUGAUAUGGAAGAGUGGAGACAUCUUCAUAGUGAUCUUCAAAAUAGUUACACAACUUCAUCAAGUUCAAUAAUAUGAGAAAAACAAACCAUGUGUUGUCAUAGUUGUAACAAUUACUACAUAUUUUUUUGUUUUUUUUUUCAAUCCACUUUAUAUUUAUUCUCUUCGUGUUUAACUAAAUUUAACAAUACUGAAAUAAUUAUCCGUAA